UGGCCCAAUAUCGCGUGCCACACUCGUCCAGUAGGAACGCAGCGAUGGUCAGAAAGCUCCCGGCCCUCAAUUGUGGAACAACCAGUGGAGAUUACUAGUGCCCCAAUCAAAAAAAAAAGAAAUAACCCAUCCACCAGUUCCCGCUCCCAUUUUUCGCGCCAAACCUUUCGCGCCGUCUCUACGUUGGGCAAUUUGUGGUGCGGAGUGCUGAAUUAUUUCGCGAUUGUAAUUUGCAACGUGAAAACCUCCCGAGCGUGUACAAAUAAAAGAGACUCCCAUCACCCACUGCUUGUAGAUUGCUUAAAAGUGGAUUCUCUACCAUUUUUCGGAUAUUAAAUCAAAUUAGUAUAUCUCUUAAAUGUUUCCAACAGUGUGUUGAGUGAAAGAGUGGUGUGAAAUCCUCCAAGCAGUUGUUUACCAAUUUCCGCCGGCACAUUGUCUGCACAUCAACUGAAAAACUUUAUAUACAUUCGAGAAAUUUUCCUCGCAUUGGAGUGUUCAUCAUUAGCGGAAUUGCAAAUUUAUCUAAAAAUCCCACAAACUGUGUUGAGUGUGUGGUCCAGAAUUAUAUUAUUGCCCAUCAUCCAGAAAUACUGCUGAUAGCCAAAAGACGCAGAGAGCUUAUGAGAAUUAUGGUGUUCAAGUGCCAGACAAUCAUAAAGAUGUUUAAGUUCUCCAGCAUUGUUUUCUUAAUGUUCUUCACAAUCAUGGUCCCGAAAUCUGAGGGCAGAGCACGUAAAUCGUGUGGGUCACUAUUGGCCGAUCGGAUAGCCAUUGCCUGCAAUGGGGAGUACAAUGAGCUCUACUGGACCGAUAAUGAGCCACAGACUAGAGUACGACGGGGCAUUGUGGACGAAUGCUGCCGGAAUAGUUGUACAGAUUCGCAACUUAAGAGACUAUACUGCAUGAAUAAGGAUGAUUCGGUGGCAGUGUCGGAUGACUCGAGUGUGUACGUGUCAAACGAAGAGCAUCCGCCGGAGGAGCAGAAAAAGGUCUUCCAUGAUCCCUUCGUGCACCUGAAGGUGUCGUCCACACCGGAAAUUGGCACUGUAGCGCCAGAAUUCAAUCUGAGAGGAAUGAUACCACCGCAGUACAGAACACAGGACAUCCGUUUCCAUUAAUUUAUUUAUUUAAUUCCCAUAGUGUUAGGACGAGGGAGGAGCUAAAAUAUUUUCAAAUUCCUAAACGAAGAGACGUUAAAUUUCCGGAUGAAAUGGAAAAUGCCACCACAUACAGAGAUCUUUGCUAUGCUAUUUCUUGAGAUUUUCCCUCCGCCCCAGAGGGAUUAUGUAGUUGAUUUACUCGCGUUUGCAUUGCACUUUAGGAUUUAUCUGCUUGGUGAAUUUAUAACGUGUGUUUCGAAUGAUAACGAAACUCCCCAGAAUAUCCAUGCGGAAAGGAACUACAAACAUAUUGUAGAUUAAAAUGCAUUGGGUGAUAUAUACAUGAGAUAUGUAUGUAAUAUGUAUAUGUAUAUUCCAAUUUUAUUGUAAAUCUUUUCUAUUUUACUCACUUUUCACACAAAGAAUUAAAAAAAAAAGAUUUUAAAUUUUAAAAUUUUAUUAAAAUGAACAAUUUGCUUUCAAUAUGAAAUAAGUUGAAAAAAUAGUACGAAUUAUCUUCCUUGAAUUUCUUAUAUUGAAAAAGCCAAUUAAACUAUGGAUAAUCUGGUUGUUUAUGUGCACACUCCAAGCUUAUAUAAUGUUUGUUAUUAUAUUAAGUUCGUGAUUUGUGAUAAUUCUAUUAAUUUUAUUGAAGGACUCUCAAGAAAUAGUUUAGUCUCUGCAGGGAAUGUGAAUUAUUUUGCAGGUCAAAAUAAUUCAACUUGUGAUAUUAUAUAAUGUACACUUCCUCAAAUCAUGCGACACUGUAAAAGAGGACUUUUUAUAUUGUGAUAUUUACUAUCGUAUAUUAUUGAGAAAAAAUAUUAAAAACAAAUUAAUUACAAAAAAAUUACAAAAAAAUAAAUAAAUUACAAAAAAAACGAAUAAAAAUCCAGACAUUUGGUGAUAUAAAUUGUGAUGGUGACGCAGUGAGAGGAGGUGUGGUACCGAAGUUUUCGAGAAAAAUCAUAUUCUCUGUAUCAUAAUAAAAAAUUAGCAGGGUGAAUAGAAUUAUUUAUUUUUCAAAGAUUUUAUGCUGAGAAAGUCUUUUUUCACAUUUUCUAAUCAACAUUUUGUAUAUAAAUUUAACCCGUUCUUCUCUAUCUACAAUUUUACAGAUAACUUUAAAACAAAAUUCAAACAAAUUUUUUUGACUGUUUUCUCAUUUCAAUGUCAAACACUCGAAAAUUCUACACACACCUCGAAAAAUUUACCAGCGAAUAGCUCACAUUUUAGUGCCUAAUUAAUUAAUAAAAUUCAACUGAUAGUCCCAAAAUAUGACAUGAUAAACUUACACUAAAAACCAUUUAUGUACUGCUACAGAAAUAUUUUAAUCAGGCGACUAUUUAUAUGGCCACCAAGUAAAUUGAUAAACCCCAGAAUUUUUUUUUAGAUAGAUUAUCAAAAUUACAAUGUUAUAUAGAAUUCAAAAAAUUGCUCCAACGAUGUCACAACAUCCGUGUAAUUUUUGGGCUAAUAAAAAUACUCCAUGUGUUAUGUCAUACUUUUAAUCAAUAAAUUGAGAUAAUAUAAUUAAUUACAAACA